UAUUGUUUCUCGCAGAGAAUGAGAGUGUCAACGCAGAACAAUGUUUCCGUGCGACACGGUCCUGAGGCCAAGCGGUGCGGACACUUGAUAAAAGAACGCUCCACGCCACGUCACAUGUCACACUGUACUGUGCGCGUCUACGACUGUUUUGCUAACAAGAUGGCAGCAGUGCGCAGAUGCGCAACGAUGCUGGUGUUGUGUGCGCUCACAUUCGAGUUCGUCGUAAUGGGAGCUGAGGUGAUCGAUGGAUCGGCGACGAAGGACCGAACACUGAACGGGCGACGACGACAAGUCGCAACGGAACCGAAUGGAGCUCGAAGAAGACGGCCAAGUGCAGGGCUGAAGCCUGGACUGGACAAAUCGCUCGUCAAUGAGACGCUCGGGCCCUCAGCAGUGGAGAGGAACGGGAAAUUCCUCUCGCUUUUCACCAUCGUGCAGUUCCAAAACCAAGGCUGCGCUGCAUCUUCUGGUGACAACGGCACCUGCGUUACUUCGGCAGAGUGUUCUGACCGUGGAGGCGUGGCCAGUGGACCAUGCGCUAACGGCUAUGGUGUUUGCUGUGUCUUUUUAGCCACAUGUGGUCAGAAUACCAAGGAGAACUGCACCUACUUCGUAAACCAAGGUUACCCGGGGCCCUAUGAUGGUACGGGAUCCUGUCAACUUACUAUCAACAAGGCACAUCCUGACAUCUGUCAGUUCAGGCUGGACUUUGAUCAAUUCAGUAUUGCAGGACCAGAGUCAAUUGACCAUAUAUGUAAUAAUGAUCAGUUCAUUGUAGCUGGUGGUAACCCCACCUCGGCCAUAUGUGGAAUUAACACUGGAAAUCACAUGUACAUAGAUGCAGGAGUGGGAAACACCAAUCCUGUGACACUCAACUUCGUAACAAGCGGGCUAUCUUUCCCACGAAACUGGAAGAUCAAGAUCUGCCAGAUUCCAUGCAACACCAUCUACAGAGCUGAAGAGGGAUGUCUCCAGUACUUUACUGGUGUGUCUGGGCAGAUAAAGUCCUACAAUUACGACCCAGCAUUUGGCCUUCAGCUGUCUAAGCAAGAUUACAGCAUCUGUAUCCGCAAGGAGAGGAACUUCUGCGGAAUUCAGUACGCCGCCUGUCCUGAUACAGUGAACAACAGGACGCAUGCGUUCACUCUCUCUGGCAACACUCGAGGUCAAACUGCAGUAUCCUCAAAUACAGGUACGAUCGGCCCUAACUCCUGCAAUGAAGACUGGCUCAUUAUCCCAUGUGCAACAAAUGUUGGCAGAACUGAACUGCUGGCAUGUGUAGACCGCAUCUGUGGGGGCACUCUCAAUACAGAAAUCUCGACAACAGCGGCAACGGUAUUCAGCACAGUGAAACCGUUCAGGUUGACUGUCCAUACAAACAACAUAGAGGCCCCAAGUGAUGCGGGCAACCGAGGAUUCUGCCUGAACUACGUGCAACAACCCUGCUCAAAUAAUUAUGAAGUUUGAAGGCUCAACAUCACCUGACCACCGGAACGUUAGAAGCACGCCUAAACAAGCGUUUCCGAAUCGCUUGAGAGACACGUGCUGCGACAUAUCUGAGAACUUGGGUACCCUGCAUGCACCAAUUUGGAGCUGAAUUCUGGAU